AUGCGGUGCGCGACGCGCAUUAGCCGCUCCCCACUGAACAGCGCGGCUUGCAGCCCCGGAAGCGCAUGUUUUGGGGUGUCCACUCUCCGCGCCGUUGGUGCCAUCCACGGCGUUCAAGUGGGGAGCUUCAACCUCACCGCCGGCGUCUCGGCGGGGCUACAGUGCACUCUGAGCACGUCGAGCUUCUUUCCUGUGGACUGCCGAGACUGUGGCGCUUGCGCGCCGCUGUUGCCCGCAGAGCCGGCAGAGUUGGACGUACCGGGAGUCGUGCCCCCGCCGACGAUGUCGACCGGGGGUAACGUGUACACCCUGCACGUCGUUGGCCCCACUGCGUUCAUCGCUGAGGCCGCCGAGGUGCUCGGUGACGAUGUCCUCGUUGAUGUCACUGGCAAAUAUCAUGUGGAGCCGUACACCUUCUGGCGAUCGGGUAAGUACGAGUGCCCCACUGUACGUCUCACGUACGAUCGUCUCCGCAGCACUGCGGAUUCACUUCGUAUUCUGCGCGCCCCAGACAACACUGUGGCGAGGCAGCGACGCCUCUAUCGCGCAAUCUUCAUGGGCAAGAACGUGUGA